UCAUUUUAAUCACAACAACUGCUUGGUUUAGUGUUUUUAUUUUAAAAAAGAUGAAAACAAAUAUAAACAAAGACCCUUCGAUAUAUCCGGAAGUAGUUAUCUCUGAGGUUUCAGAUAUAAACCAAAAGAAUUACAAUGGUGCGACUAAAGGGCCAUCACUACACCGAAGUUCAAGAUCAGUGUCAAUUUCACGAUUAAAAUCGGACGAUUCUAUACGAAAAGAUUUGAUGUUCAUUCGAGAGGUAUCCCCUUUCGAAAUAGGCGAAAAACGAAACGUUCAGUUGGCGUCUUCAAAAGCAAUUAUUGAUAAAGCCCUAAUUAUGGAUAUUUCAGGAGGUAUCACUAAAAUAGACGAAUAUGUGUCUCUGUUCUUUUCAUCGGGAUGUGUGAUAGAUGAAGCAGUAUGCAAAGAUAUUUCCACACAGCACUCUUUUGAAGUAGUAGUGGUAGACGUAGAAGAAAAUACAGAAAAUGCCUCAUUACAAUCAGAAGACACAAAAUACCCCGUUGAAAAUGGUUUCGCAAUUACUCAAAAUGUAUUAGAUGAAGAUUUAAAUUUUCAAUCGAAAGCAGAAGAAAAAUGCGUAACAGAAGAAGCUGAUACUACAGUUUCAUUUUCGAUCGUUGAGGAACAGGUUGAAUCAACAGUAUUGGAAGAAAACCAAACAGUGGUAGAAGAAAACACAUCUUUGACCGAUUAUUGUAAGGAAAAAGAAAACGAAAUCGAGGAGAAGACAAAUGAAAAAACGGAAGAGGAGGUUUAUGAUGAUGAUGAUGAUGAUGAUGAUGAUGAUGAUGAUGGUGAUGAUGAUGAUGAUGAUGAUGAUGAUGAAAUAGAUUCUUCAUUCUCAUCAUCAGAAGAAACGUAUGAUGAACUUGUGGACUAUUCUUUGUGGAAAACGUACAACUCUGAUGAAGAUGAUGUAACAGCAUGGUUCUAUAAGGAAACUGAGAAAUUUACAGAUGAACUAACAGAAAAAGAAAAAGACGAAGAGUUCAGAAAAGAACGGUUGGCAAAGCGCUGUCCUGUUUUCCUAACAAAUUUAACCGAUCGUACAGGUCCAUUCGGGUCUGAAAUAAAGCUACAAUGUUCGGUUACUGGUCUCGAAACAACUGUGAAAUGGCUUAAAGAUAACCAUUUGGUUGAAAAAACAGAGAAAUUAAAUGUAGCAGCUAUGAACGGACUAUAUUCAUUAACUCUUAAGGAUGUUCAGAAAUCUGAUGAAGGAAUAUAUACUAUUAUUGUUAAAAAUAGAGGAGGCGAAAUUAGUUCUUCUGCAAAAGUUACAGUUUACGAAAAUCUAGAUGAAAAAAUACAGACUCCUGCAUUACUAAAAAUAAGAGAUUACUAUCAUUGUGCACUAAAUGAUUUAAUCAUAGAAUGUCACAUAAUGUUUAGGCCAAAUUGGCUCGUGCCCGAGAUUCAAUGGUUGAAAGAUGAUAAUCCAAUUAUCACUGAUGCGCGAACACGAGCCACUUACGAAGGGAAUGAGAUUUUUCAAUUGAAUAUAUACAAUCCAACACCAGUCGAUAGUGGGGUUUAUACGUGCAUUGCAAAAAAUUCAGCUGGUGUCAUUAAUAUUGUUCAUGAAGUGGAAUUCACAGCAAAAGUUCACUAUAUACAUCUUCCUGGGUUAUAUCACGCAGAUAAGAAAAUCGUCAGUGAAGAGAAGCUAUUGAAUAAAAAAGAAUCUAAAUUACCGGAAAACCGAACUACUACAAGAGAAACGGUACAACUGGAGUCAUACCAAGAAAAAUCGUAUGUUAUUCGCGAUUCGAAGACUAAACUCACGUGGGCAGGAAAGCUGAAUAAUAUUACCACACGAAAAGGCCAAACAGUGAAAAUGAUUUGCUCAGUCAAUGGAUAUCAGCCUACCUUCAAAUGGCAAAAAAAUGGCAGAGCGAUUGAUUAUGGUGACCGCAUUCAACUGCUUAACAAUGGAGUAAUUGGACAAAUAUUAAUUAGAGAUGUUCAUCAAUCUGAUGCUGGGGAAUACGUGUGCACUGCAAAGAAUGAUUAUAGUGAAAUAAAAUCAACAUGCAUCCUAAAAAUCAUAAGACUUUCCAUCGAAGAUAAAUCUCCUCCAAUAUUUACAAAACCAAUUAAAGAGUUUUACGAUCUUCGUGCUAAUGAUUUAAUCCUUCAAACACAAGUACAUGGUGCUCCAAAUCUUCUCAUUAAAUGGAACAAAGAUGACACUGAAAUUGUUUACGAUGACAAAUUCAUGCUAAGUCGUGAGUCAAGUGGGAUAUAUCAAUUACACAUACAUGAACCGAAACCAGAGGAUAGCGGUGCGUAUGAAUGCCGUGCUAUAAAUAAUGAUGGUCAAUCAAAGGUUGAACACGAAGUAAAAUUUAUUUCGAAAGAGCAAUUUGUGCAUGCUUAUAGGGUCGAACAUGCGGAUCGAUUUAAAAGGCAGUUUAUAGGAGAUGUGGCUUGCAGUUCAUUAGUUCCCACGCCAACUGAACAAAGUUGUAACGAAGCAGGUUUGAAGGAAACGUCUGCUAUUGAACUCAAAACAAAUAAAAAAAAGAACGAAAAUAUCGACUAUCCUGCCGAUGCACAACAGGUGGUAAAAUCAGAAACGCCAAAAAUUAAGACAAUGCCAAGAUAUCGCUUCGAUGAAACCUCAUGUGAACCAUUUAUAAUCAGAGAUUCAAAAAUAAAACUGACCUGGGAAACCAAAUUGAAAAAUAUUACAGCAGAAGAAGGUGGAAUAAUCAAGUUAGUGUGUACUGUUACUGGACCAUUACCUCAGUACAAGUGGUUCAAAAAUAGUAAACCACUCGUGUGGACUAAGGACGUAAUCAAUGAAAGCAAAGCUGAAUUCGGUUGUGUGCGUAUACAACAUGCAAAUAUAUCUGACUGUGGGGAGUAUUCUGUAAAAGUUAAAAAUGCCGAUAGUGAAAUUGAGUGUUGCUGUAAUGUAACUGUUUUUCAAAAGACGACAGCUGUGCAAACAACUCUUCCAACGAUCACAAGGAUCACAGAUUAUUAUGACAUCCGAGUAAAUGACCUCGUUCUUGAAGUCCACGUUCGAGGCUCCCCAAUUCCAAUUCUAACAUGGGAGCACGAUGGCCACGAACUUAAAAACGGAAUGGACAGAAUAAUUAUUGCUCGUGAGAAGGAUGGUGUCUACAGAUUGAGCAUUCAUGAUCCUCACAAAAUUGACGGGGGACAUUGGGUAAUUAGAGCAAAGAACAGUGCUGGUGAAGAUAAAAUGAAGCAUUAUGUAACAUUUCUAGGAAAAGAAAAUUUUCAGCGCGUAGCAGGAGUUUAUCGCGCUGAUCCAAAAUUAACAAAUGCUGAGUAUCGUUUUUAUCGUCAACGAAAAUCGCAAUCAGUUUCACAAAUAAAUUCUACAAGUAAUUCUCAAUUUGUGAGACCACACGCAUCAGUGGACCUUAAAGGUGAAGAAAUCACGCAAAUAGAACAUAAUGUUCAAGAAUUUGAUAGAAACAUACCGAUGAGCUCUCAUAAACGAGAAUGGCAAAAAAAACUUGCUUCACUGUAUAGCUCAUUGCAUCCAGAGACUUCUGCGGAAUCAACAAAACCUAUGAGACUGGAGUCAAAACAGAAACUGUCAUUCGAUGCAAAACUAAGAAAUGCGAUUGUUGUUGAAGGGAGCACAGUAAAAUUAGUAUGCUCUUGUAUUGGACCCUCACCAUCUAUUAAAUGGUACAAAAACAAUAACCCUAUUGCUUGGACGAAAACUCUUAAAAAUGAUACAAAAUUAGGAAUAGCCGGUAUACUUUUUACAACAACAUCUAUAAGCGAUUCAGGAACAUAUAAAUGUGUAGCAAGUAAUAAUUUUGAUGAAAUUGAAAAUUCGUGCACGUUAACGGUUUAUCCCGCUCAAGAAAAUCAAUAUGAGGCUCCUAAAUUUACCCGAAGCGUGAAAGAAUACUUUAAUAUCCAAGUAAAUGAUUUGGUUCUGGAACUACACGUUCGAGGUAGCCCUACUCCAAACAUCAAAUGGCUCAAAGAUGGAAUUCGAAUUGAAGAUAUUGAGUGUAAUAAAUAUUUUGCACUAAGAGAACCGGAUGGUAUACAUAAACUUACAAUCCAUGAUCCUCAGCGAAUCGAUGAAGGACGAUAUGCAUGUGUAGCUGAAAAUGUGGCAGGAAAAGACAUCAUUACACAUGUAGUUAGGCAGCUUAACAAAGAUGAGUAUUGCCAUAUUCGCGGUAUAAUGUACCAUGACCCAAAAGUAAUAAAACGUGGAUAUUAUUCAGAACCCUCUACGGUCGAGUUAGUGAAACGAGAACCGAGAGAAUUUGUAUGGUUGGAAGACGGAUCGUACUAUGUUCGUGGUCAAACACCCGAGGAAUUAUGGGAAUAUGAAACUGACACAAGCACAAAUAGUGAAUAUGAACCGUAUAAACCAUCAACCGAAGACCAAAUGGAAGACAAAAAUCAAGAACAAUUUAUUAGAGAAGAGAGCACAGAAGAGAUUGGCAAUCAAAAUACAGAGGGUGAAAAUAAACUGAAGUCAGCAAAAAUAAAAGAGAAUGACGCAAACAUUAAGAAAAUGAGGAGGAAAAAUACUAAACAGAUAAUGCGUUCAUCUCCAUUUGACACAAAUACAACACAAGAAAUAAACUCAGAAAGGCACAGUAUACAACUUUUGAAGCAAACUGUAAUAAAAUCUGAAGACAUAGACAGAAUGACAACAAAUAGAUUAAUAGAUACAUUCAAAAUACCAGUGAAUGAAAAUAAUGAGGAAACUCACCUUAAUAAGAGGUACCAACGGUUGUUGCCAGAGAUUAUUCAAGAUUCAAACUCCGACAGCAAAAAUUCGCUUAAAUUUAUUACAGAGUUGCGAGAUACAAUAGCCGUGGAUGGCGGAUCACUAAAACUGUUUUGUACAUUAUCUGGUCCCAAGCCUGAAAUAAGGUGGCUAAAGAACAACGAACCCCUAGAGUUUACCAAAAUUAUAAGAAAUCAAACGCGCGAUUCAACAGGAAUAGUGCUAAUUACAAAAGUUUCUGAGACUGAUGAAGGUGUUUACACUGCCGUCGUGAAGCAUAAAGAUUGUUUAAUCAGAAGUCAAGCCAACGUAACAGUUAUCAAAAAACCCGAUACAGCAAUUGGAAUGGCUCCAAUAUUUAUCACGGGAAUAAAAGAACGAUACGACUUCCGUGUUGAUGAUCUUAUUCUUGAAACACACAUUAAUGGAGACGGAUUAUUACUAGUUCAAUGGUAUUUGGAUGGCAUCGCUAUCAAAAAUAAUGAUAAAUAUAUUCAAAUCCGUGAACCAAUGGGCGUGUACAAAUUGUGCAUACACAAGCCACAAGCUCGAGAUAACGGAAGAUAUCUAGUAAAAGUACACAAUGAUUUUGGAUCUUCUGAACUGCGCUACCAUCUUCGCAUUGAAGGCAAAAUGAAAACGCCUUCUUAUGGAAUCUUUCACGCUAAUCCUAAAAGAAAAUAUACAGACGACGACGUAAAAGAAAAGCAUAGAAAGCAUUGUGAGGUUGUAUUUCUGGAAGAUGGUGCUUAUUAUGUGCGAGGACAUACUCCUGAAAGAUUAUGGGAAUGGGAAACAGACACGAGUGCUGAAAGUGAAUAUGAGGAUUAUGUUUCGGAAGAACAUGAUUCAAUAGCAGUAGAGGCCAAUCUAUUAAAUGAAGAUGAGUCAGAACAUGUUGCACAAAGCACAAAAUCAGAUUCGACAGAAUCUGAGACACAAGUAGAACGCGAUCAGAUGGAUGAUGCAGAGUAUACGAACUCUAUAUCUGUGUCAAAAAAAGUGAUUAAACGAGGGCCGAAGAUUAAAAAAAUGCGCAAAAAGCAAUCGAAAGUUCUUAUUGAAGAAGAACCAAUUAAUAAAAUAGAUACAGUUAUUACAUCUGUGCUUCAAACAAAUUCGACAGAAGAACCCGAAGAUAAACAUGUGCCAAAAAUUAAAUUAAGUCAGAAAAUAUUAUCUGGACAGUAUCAGUCUCAGAUUGGAUCGCAGCUAACGAAAAAAAAAGUUGAUGUUGAGUUCAUUAGCCGCUUAAGAAGUCAAACAUUACUCAAAGGAAAAACAAUUAAUUUGAACUGCUGUUGUUCUGACAACCAGAAUAUUGAAGUUGUUUGGUUUAAAGAUGGCAAAAUAUUUGAAAUGAAUAAAAGAUGCGUGAGUAGUGUUCACUACGGUUUUAUUACUCUUGAAAUUUAUAGAGCAAACAAAGAAGAUUCAGGCGUAUACAAAUGUUGUGUAAAAACAGCUAAUGGCGAAGUGAGUGAUUAUUGUAUAAUUACUGUAUUCGAACUGCCAGACAAACAUGAAGUUGAGUUAGUUCCACCAACAUUCAUACACCCUAUUAAAGAAACCUAUCAUCCGAUAACUAAUGAUCUUCACCUGGAAACAAGGAUAAGAGGAAAUCCAGUUCCUUCCUUGAUUUGGGUCUGUGAUGGUGUAUUCAUCCCCCACAGAACAGCAAAGUACGAAAUUUUUAAUCAACACUACUAUGAGCAAGGCACAAAUAUAACUACUGCCACUUUGAUUAUCAAUAAUCCUCAACUAAGAGAUAGUGGAAAAUUCACUUUGAUCGCAGAAAAUAAUGUGCAAAAAGUGCAAAUCGAACAUUAUUUAAAAAUUGAACUUCGUACUUCAUCUCACACAAAAAAGCGAAUGGACGACAUAAUAAUUGAAAACGAAACUCCUAGAUUUAUUCCUAAACCUCCAACACAAGAUCCAAUAAUUUCCGAAGAAGGGGAUACAAAUAAGCACAAUGGGAAAAAAAGUAUAGAUGAAGUUGAAUAAUCAAAAAUAAGCGAUAAGGAAGCGAAGUUUAAUUUUAUCAUUUUAAGCGCAUAUCUGAUCGAUUGUAGGUAACGACGACAAUUUAAAAUUAGUUAUGGGAGUAAUUGAACAGUGAAACACCAUAGCGACGCAAUAUGCUAGUGCACUAAAAGAUUAAAAAAGAAUAAUUUGACAAUAGUUAAAUAUUUCCGAAUCAUAAUAAUAUAAAAAUAUUUUAUUUAAGAUUUUUCGAUAGGCGAAAAAAAAGGUU